AUGCGAGUGAAGACUGUCAAACCCCCAGAAAGGCAGAUUGACCCUUUUGCGAAAGAUGAAAGUCAUCUUGAGAACAUCGUCACAAAAGCAGUAAUGCCAGGUUACAUCAAGAAGGGAAGGCUAACACGAGAAGAGAUCAGUCACGCGUUUUUUGACACAUUUGUUCAAGAAAAAAUGUUGAGGCCCCAUAAAAAAGGUGCAUCUCAAGUCAUGGAAGUUUGCUUGGCAAACAAAGAAAAACAAAACAGCUAGCAGUGUCUAACCCUUUAAGGACGACAGCUCUAUUUGCACAUUUCUUGGUCGUCAUUCUCUCAAGACACCAACCACUCUCCAGAACCCGUCCAGUAGACCUGUGGUCAUGUUUGAUGCCAUUGCAGCAGUUCAGUCAAUGGGAAAGCCAUCACGGGUAAGAAACAGGCGUGACCUGGCAAGCCAUUUCAUAGAAGUUGUUGAUGCUAAGUCUAAUGUUGCCACCGAAGUUCAUAUUGUAUUUGACCGCUAAUAUAUCCUCUGCUCCAGAAAGGAAUGUGCCAGAAACGUCUGGUUACAUACAGAGCAGUGAUAUACAAGAUUGCUGUCGAUGCUGUUAUUGGCAAGACAACUAUGAAAGAUCUUUUGAGCUGCAACCAGAAUAAGGAAGCCAACUCAUCGAGUGCUUAGUUUUGUGUCGUGACCAUUUCCAGCAUUUGUGGCAUUAACAUCAUGGAAGCAAGUAUAAAUCUUGCAUCUACAUCUCAUGCGGGGUUGAAGAACUCUUCUUAUUCUAGUGAAUUUAAACUCAAGGCUGUUCAAAUUGCAGAAGACUGUAACAGUAACAGAAAAGUCGAAGCAAAGUUGGGUGUUGUUUGUUGAAGA